AUGCGGCCUGGGGAUGUGACAGAGAAAUCUCUAAUCCGGCCUGGGGAUGUGACAGAGAAAUCUCUAAUCCGUCCUGGGGAGGUGACAGAGAAAUCUCUAAUCCGGCCUGGGGAUGUGACAGAGACAUCUCUAAUCCGGCCUGGGGAUGUGACAGAGAAAUCUCUAAUCCGGCCUGGGGAUGUGACAGAUAAAUCUCUAAUACGGCCUGAGGAUGUGACAGAGAAAUCUCUAAUCCGGCCUGGGGAUGUGACAGAUAAAUCUCUAAUCCGGCCUGGGGAUGUGACAGAGACGUCUCUAAUCCGGCCUGAGGAUGUGACAGAGACAUCUCUAAUCCGGCCUGGGGAUGUGACAGAGACGUCUCUAAUCCGGCCUGGGGAUGUGACAGAGAAAUCUCUAAUACGGCCUGAGGAUGUGACAGAGAAAUCUCUAAUCCGGCCUGGGGAUGUGACAGAAAAAUUCUCUAAUCCGGCCUGGGGAUGUGACAGAGACAUCUCUAAUCCGAGACAAUCUCUAAUCCGGCCUGGGGAUGUGACAGAGAAAUCUCUAAUCCGGCCUGGGGAUGUGACAGAGACAUCUCUAAUCCGGCCUGGGGAUGUGACAGAGACGUCUCUAAUCCGGCCUGGGGAUGUGACAGAGAAAUCUCUAAUCCGGCCUGGGGAUGUGACAGAGAAAUCUCUGAUACGGCCUGAGGGAUGUAACAGAGAAAUAUCUAAUCCGGCCUGGGGAUGUGACAGAGAAAUAUCUAAUCCGGCCUGGGGAUGUGACAGAGAAAUCUCUAAUCCGGCCUGGGGAUGUGACAGAGAAAUCUCUAAUCCGGCCUGGGAUGUGACAGAGAAAUCUCUAAUCCGGCCUGGGGAUGUGACAGAGAAAUCUCUGAUACGGCCUGGGGAUGUGACAGAGAAAUAUCUAAUCCGGCCUGGGGAUGUGACAGAGAAAUAUCUAAUCCGGCCUGGGGAUGUGACAGAGAAAUCUCUAAUCCGGCCUGGGGAUGUGACAGAGACAUCUCUAAUCCGGCCUGGGGAUGUGACAGAGAAAUCUCUAAUCCGGCCUGGGGAUGUGACAGAGACAUCUCUAAUCCGGCCUGGGGAUGUGACAGAGACGUCUCUAAUCCGGCCUGGGGAUGUGACAGAGAAAUCUCCAAUCCGGCCUGGGGAUGGGUUGGAGAUUUUUUUCUGUCACGUCCUCAAGAUUAUUUUUCUCCCGUCAUACUAUUUUCGCAGAGUCCAGUUACCGAAUGAUUUAAAAUGUAUAUUGUGA